AGCCAGCGAGCAAGUCGUAAGCCAUAAAACGGUGUUGGUCUUCGCGAUCGUGGAAAGGUGCGCUGCCUUUCGCCUGUCGAAGUUUAUUAGUUGGCCAGAAACGUCAACGUUUGUUUAUGCUUAAAAGCCUUAUCUGAAUUCAAGGAGAAGGAAACGUGUUCUAUGGUGAUAGUUUGGUAAAUGUGAUAAUUGAUAUCACGGAAAUGAAAAGUGAAAAGGAAAGUUUCAAAAGUGAUGUGCAAAAUCAAUCGAAGCCAUCGUCUAUGAAGCAUGAUGGAAGUAUUACAUCAGAGAUCAAGAAACCCGAUCUGAACUGGUGGAUCGUGUUCGGAGCGAUACUAGCUCUAACUCUGGGAACGAGAUUCUACAAUGUGACGGUGCCGGAUCAUGUCUGCUGGGAUGAGACACAUUUUGGUAAAAUGGGCAGCUGGUACAUCAAUCGGACGUUUUUCUUCGAUGUCCAUCCACCACUGGGAAAGAUGUUGAUUGGAUUAUCUGGAUACCUAACGGGGUAUGAUGGGAAGUAUCCGUUCGAUAAGCCGGGUGACAAAUACAACGGGACGCACUAUGAAGGCAUGAGAAUCUUCUGCACCGCUCUUGGGGCGGCCAUCGUUCCGAUGUCCUUCCACACCGUCUGGGACAUGACGGGCUCGCUAACAGCGUCUGCCUUCAGUGCCGCCUAUAUCCUGUUCGACAUCGGCAUGCUUAUCCUGAAUCGCUACAUCCUGUUGGACCCUCCGUUGAUCUUCUUUAUGACCGCAUCGGUGAUGGGUAUGGCACGUGUCACCAAACUUACCCGCAAUCAGAAAAGCUUCACGACCAGCUGGUGGAGUUGGCUGGGCUUCACGGGAGCCAUGCUGGCUUGCACUAUCAGCGUAAAAUUUGUUGGACUGUUUGUCGUGCUGUUGGUUGGAUUGCAUACCGCUAGUGAUCUGUGGGAUGUACUCGGAGACUUAUCGAAACCAAUCUCCUACACCGUCAAACAAUUGAUAGCUCGAGCAAUCACACUUAUCGUAUUUCCAAUAUUGCUCUACGCUACAUUCUUUUACGUCCAUCUGCACGUGUUGAAUCGCAGUGGUAGUGGAGAUGGGUUCUACAGCUCCGGGUUUCAGUCGAACCUGGUUGGAAAUUCACUGUACAACGUUUCAAUGCCCCGAGAAGUGGCAUACGGAGCGGUUGUUACCCUGAAGAACCACAAAACCGGAGGUGGCUAUCUUCACUCGCAUAAUCACCUGUACCCGAAAGGAUUUGGCGCCAAACAGCAACAAGUCACCACUUACAGCCACAAGGAUGAAAACAACAAGUGGUUGAUAAAGCCCUACAACAAACAGGCGGUGGAUAAUGUAACUUUAGUAAAGCACGGAGAUUUGAUUCGAUUCGAACAUACCCAGACCAAGCGAAACUUGCAUUCGCAUAGGGAACAAGCUCCAGUUACGAAAAAGCACAUGCAAGUCACGUGCUACGGAGAGGAAGGACAAGGAGACAGCAAUGAUGUCUGGCAGGUGCAGAUAAUCGGUGGCAGAGAUGGUGAUGUUGUGGAAACCGUGACGAGUCGUUUGAUAUUCUAUCACUACAUAGAACGAUGUGUUCUGACGACAACGGCCAAACAGCUGCCCAAGUGGGGAUUCGAACAGCAAGAGGUAACUUGCAACCCGAAUAUUCGAGAUCGGAGCGCGGUUUGGAAUGUGGAGGAUAAUCAAUUUGAAAAAUUGCCCAGCGUCAAUUUUCAAGUUUACGCGCCAGGAUUCAUCAGUCGGUUUUUUGAGUCCCAUGCAGUGAUGCUGCAAGGAAAUUCCGGUUUGAAACCGAAAGAAGGUGAAGUAACCAGCAGACCCUGGCAGUGGCCCAUCAAUUAUAGGGGUCAAUUCUUUUCUGGAUCGGAGCAUCGUGUAUAUUUAUUGGGAAACCCUUUCAUAUGGUGGAGCAACUUGGUGUUUCUUGCAUUGUUCGUUGCUGUUUUCUUGAUAGAGGUCGUGAAAUAUCAACGACAUUCGGCAUCUGAUGGAAGCGGACCUGUUACUAAUUCAGUUGAUUCUAAAUGGCUUUCGCUACGGGCAUCAGCAUGGCUCUUCGGUGGGUGGCUGCUGCACUACCUUCCUUUCUAUGCAAUGGGACGAGUUCUCUACUUCCACCACUACUUCCCGGCGCUGGUGUUCAACUCAAUGCUUGCAGGUGUGAUGCUGGACUACCUCACCGUGAAACUCCCAAGCUGGCUGCGGCACACGGUCCUGGGGGUGGCACUGGCUGCCUUGGUCUAUAGUUUUGCGCUGUUCUCACCCCUGGCGUACGGCAUGAACGGGCCGUUUUCACACGAACCCAACUCGACGCUGGCCGGGCUCAAGUGGAUGGACACGUGGGAGUUUUGAAGGGAGCGCACGCGGAGCUCUUGCCAAUUGGGUCGGCUGUAUGUUAGUUCUCUCGUACUGUCGGUUCGUUUUUAUUCUACUCAUGUUUUCAUCGAACAGCUGACGCCAUGAUUUGUUGAUGUGUUUGGGAAGCGUGAAGAUUUUAAUGUUUCUGUUUAAGAUAUAACUUAAAUAUAAAAUUACUCUCGCAGAUUAUCAGAAAAUA